AUGCCAACGCUCGACGUUCCAAUGCCACUAACAAGCCUAAAUCUUGUCGAUGCUGGCAUCCAAGAUCUUCUCUACGCCCUUAAGUCUAGGGCCGUAACAAGUGUCGAGCUUGUUUCGCUUUAUCUUCAUCGAAUUGCCCACUACGACACCCGAGGACCAUCAUUAAACUCGAUCUGCGUUUUCAACCCCAAUGCUUUCGAGGAAGCCCAAAAAUCAGACGACUACAGAGCAAGUGGUCGUACACCAAGGCCAUUGGAAGGUAUUCCCUUCACAGUCAAGGAUAGCUUCAUGGUUAAGGGCAUGACCGUUGCAGCUGGAUCCCCCGCAUUUGCCAAUCUCGUUGCCUCCGAUGAUGCAGCCAUCGUCACGCUUCUUCGAGACUCUGGAGCUAUAAUACUGGGAAAAACAAACAUGCCAGCCAUGGCCGAUGGUGGAGGCCAACGCGGGCUCUAUGGUCGGGCAGAGAGUCCUUACAAUCUUGAAUACUCUACAACGGCAUAUGCCUCUGGUUCUUCCAACGGCUGCGGCACAUCUACAGCAGCAAGUUUUGCCGCUUUCGGUUUCGCCGGAGAGACAGUCUCCUCGGGCCGCGCUCCUGCCUCCAACAAUGCGCUGGUUGGAUAUUCCCCGUCUCGGGGUAUUCUUGGAAAUAGAGGCCAAUGGCCGCUUUAUCCAACAUGCGAUGUGAUCGUUCCACAUACGCGCUCAGUUCAGGACUUAUUCUACGUCCUCAAUGUGAUUGUUGCAGAUGAUCCUGAUGCGCAUCGAGGAUUUGAUUUCUGGCAGAAUCAAUCCUUCACGAGCAUUCCGAGGGCAUCAGAAAUCCGUCCAGAUGAUUUUCAAAGUCUAAAGGAUCCAUAUGCGCUCCUUGGAAAACGCAUUGCCGUUCCUAGAUGUUUUCUCGGAGCGCAGGAUGCGAAGCCAUUCCACGUCUGUACUGGGCCGGUUCACAGUCUAUUCGAGAAAGCUCGCACUAUCUUGCAAUCGAUGGGGGCAACAACCAUCGAGACAGACUUUCCUUUACUCGAGAAGUAUGUGAAACAAGACUUCCCCGGUCAAAGUUGCAAUGUACCCCAAAUGCCGAAUCAAUGGACAGACAUUGAGCGGUGUCAAAUGAUUGCCACAGCAUGGGACGAUUUCCUCCGCCAAAACGGUGAUUCGAAGUAUCCGAAUCUUCUGACAGUCGAUACACAGAAAAUCCAUCCACGAAUCGCACCUAUGGAUGAUCCUUCGAAAUAUACCGAGCAGCAGAAUCAAGUUCGCUAUCCUGAAAUGAUCGAAUCCGUUAGAGACAGAAAACACACCAUUUUCGAUCUUCCCGGCAUCGAGGCUGCAGUGCAUGCGCUGGAAGAUAUGCGAAAAGUUGAGCUUGAAGACUGGAUGGACUCUCAUGGAUAUGAUAUGCUUGCUUUCCCAACCAACGGCGAUGUGCCAUAUUCGAACUCAGACGAAGUCCUCGAAUCCAUGCUGCAUGCUCUGCAGAAUGGUGUUAAGUAUUCCAAUGGAGGCCGUGUCCUCAAACACUGUGGUGUGCCCUGUAUCACUCUUCCUAUGGGUACCAUGAGUGAGAAUAAAAUGCCAGUCGGCAUCACCUUCGCCUCCAAAGCUCAUACAGACAAUGACCUCCUUCGAUAUGCAUACGCUUAUGAAGCAGCUUCUCGAGCCCGGACCACUCCCAGCUUGACGCCUCCAAUCUCGUCUGAUCACAUAUCGUUAAUACACUCCUAUCAUGGAAAAUCUUUGACAGCGAAGCCGGAACUGAAUAUCACAUCGGCUACUUUGGCGAAUGAGAAUGUCUCCGAGCCGCAUUUGUGUCGUGUUUCAUUAGCUGGAACCUUAAGAUCUAGCGAUCCCAGUGUCAACAUCAUCUCACUCCAAGUGUUUGUUGACGGGAAGCAACGUGCGUCUCUGCCCAUUGGGUAUGAGCAGUGGACUUGGGAAGAUAUCGUUUCACGGCCCAACACUAGUGACCGCUACCCGACCCUUGCCAGAGUUCCCAAGGACUGUUUCCUUAUUGUUGUCAUCGCCAGGUUGGCAAAUGGCAGGUCGGCAGCUUCCAUGCUACUUGUAGAUUAG